CCACCACCUCUCGCCUCCCCCUCGCACGGUAGAUCAGAGGAGGAAAAUAAAAAAGUUUAACAUCACUCUCUCGUCUCUUACGCUUCCUUGUUCUUCGAGGUCGGGCAAUGGCGGACAUCCAGAUGGGUGAGGCCGAGACCUUCGCCUUCCAGGCGGAGAUCAACCAGCUUCUCAGCCUCAUCAUCAACACCUUCUACUCCAACAAGGAGAUCUUCCUCCGUGAACUUAUCAGCAACUCCUCCGAUGCGUUGGACAAGAUCCGGUAUGAGGGCUUGACGGACAAGAGCAAAUUGGAUGCCCAGCCGGAGCUGUUCAUCCGGCUGGUGCCGGACAAGGCUAACAAGACGCUUUCCAUCAUCGACAGUGGAAUCGGCAUGACCAAAGCCGAUCUUGUGAACAAUUUGGGUACCAUUGCAAGGUCUGGAACUAAGGAGUUCAUGGAGGCAUUGCAGGCCGGUGCUGAUGUUAGCAUGAUUGGUCAAUUUGGUGUUGGGUUCUACUCUGCUUACUUGGUUGCCGAGAAGGUUGUUGUCACAACCAAGCACAAUGAUGAUGAGCAGUACAUUUGGGAGUCUCAGGCUGGUGGUUCCUUCACUGUCACUAGGGAUGUAAGUGGUGAGCAGCUUGGCAGGGGAACUAAGAUUACCCUCUACCUCAAGGAAGACCAGCUUGACUACUUGGAAGAGAGGAGGCUCAAGGAUUUGGUGAAGAAGCACUCAGAGUUCAUUAGCUACCCUAUCUACCUCUGGACUGAGAAGACAACUGAGAAGGAGAUCAGUGAUGAUGAGGAUGAGGAAACAAAGAAGGAAGAGGAAGGUGAUGUUGAAAACAUUGAUGAGGAAAAGGAGACCAAAUCUAAGAAGAAGAAGGUGAAGGAGGUCUUACAUGAGUGGUCCCUUGUCAACAAGCAGAAGCCCAUCUGGCUACGCAAGCCUGAGGAAAUAACCAAGGAGGAGUAUGCCUCCUUCUACAAGAGCUUGACCAAUGACUGGGAGGACCACCUUGCUGUCAAGCACUUCUCGGUUGAGGGGCAACUGGAGUUCAAGGCGAUCCUCUUUGUGCCAAAAAGGGCUCCUUUUGACCUCUUCGACACAAGGAAGAAGAUGAACAACAUCAAGCUUUAUGUUCGGAGGGUAUUCAUCAUGGACAAUUGUGAGGAGCUCAUCCCAGAGUAUCUUGGGUUUGUGAAGGGUGUUGUGGAUUCAGAUGAUCUGCCUCUUAACAUUUCCCGUGAAAUGCUUCAGCAGAACAAGAUUCUGAAGGUUAUCAGGAAGAACCUGGUGAAGAAGUGCAUUGAACUGUUCUCUGAGAUUGCCGAGAACAAGGAAGACUACAACAAGUUCUAUGAAGCCUUUUCAAAGAACCUGAAGUUGGGUAUCCAUGAGGACAGCCAGAACAGGGCUAAGCUGGCAGAUCUCCUCCGCUACCACUCCACAAAGAGUGGUGACGAGAUGACCAGCCUGAAAGACUAUGUGACAAGGAUGAAGGAGGAUCAAAAGGACAUCUACUACAUCACUGGUGAAAGCAAGAAGGCUGUCGAGAACUCUCCCUUCUUGGAGAAGCUCAAGAAGAAGGGUUAUGAGGUCUUGUUCAUGGUGGAUGCUAUCGACGAGUAUGCAGUUGGGCAGCUCAAGGAAUAUGAUGGCAAGAAGCUUGUCUCAGCAACAAAGGAGGGUCUUAAGAUUGAUGAGAGUGAGGAUGAGAAGAAGAGGAAGGAGGAAAAGAAGGCUGCUUUCGAGAGCCUAUGCAAGGUCAUGAAGGACAUUUUGGGCGACAAGGUCGAGAAGGUGGUGGUAUCGGAUAGAAUCGUUGACUCCCCUUGCUGUUUGGUUACCGGGGAGUAUGGAUGGACUGCCAAUAUGGAGAGGAUCAUGAAGGCUCAGGCCUUGAAGGACAACAGCAUGGGCUCCUAUAUGUCGAGCAAGAAGACCAUGGAGAUCAACCCAGAAAAUGGAAUCAUGGAGGAGAUGAGGAAGAGGGCAGAGGCCGACAAGAAUGACAAAUCUGUGAAGGAUCUGGUGCUUCUCCUGUUUGAGACUGCUAUCCUGACAUCUGGUUUCAGUCUGGAUGAUCCUAACACGUUUGCUGGGAGGAUUCACCGUAUGUUGAAGUUGGGCUUGAGUAUCGAUGAAGAUGAAGCUGCUGGGGAUGACACUGAUAUGCCUGCUUUGGAGGAGGAUGGCAACGAGGAGAGCAAGAUGGAAGAGGUGGAUUAGGAAUUUGGAUUGGUAUAUGACAGAUAUCUGAAAUUGUGUGCCUUUAGGCGAAGCGUCUGAAAUAGGGGUCGACUCAGAAUUUACUUCCUCCCUGUUGUCCUUUUCUUUGUUGUUUCUUCGAAUGUGCGCUUGGCUGCUGUAAGUUCUGGUUGAGUCGUGCAUUUUGACUGAUAAAGUAUGAUUGUAAUCUUCCAUUAGUGAUGCAUCUGGAUUGCAUGCUCGAUUCUUCCUAA